AUGUACAACACACACCGUGGGAUGGUUCCCGCUCCCAACUCCCGUCUUACAGAGUUGCUGGACCAGCUGCGCCAGGAGUUUGAGAACCAGUCUAGAAGCACCGGAGAGUUCGAGCACCAAUUAACCGGUCAACUCCAGGAGAUGGAGAUGAUUCGUCAGAAGGUAUAUCAGCUGGAGCAGGCACAGAUCAAGAUGAAGCAAGAUUACGAAGCAGAAAUCCGAGUCCUGCGGCACGAGCUCGAAUCGCGCGGCGUUCAGCCCGUCUCGUCUCAUAUUGCUGGCCCUGCGCAGCAUGCUGGCCCCUCUCAGGCGCCUCCACCAGCCCUGGGCCAUGGCCCCAGCAAUUUGUUCGGUGGAAUCAUGACCAACCAAGGAGGUAGUGGUCCCGGUCUUGCCCCUCCCCCUCCCCAGGAUCAGCAGCCUCCCCAGCAUACCCUUCAACAGCCUGCUCCCGCGGCUCAGCAAUCAGCGCCCCAACCGCCGCAGAGCUCCUUUGGAGGAUAUCAGCCUGGUGCUGCUGUGAACGGCUACGGACCCGCGCCACCUCCGACCGCUUCUCCUGGCCCCGGCAAGAGGCCUCGCGCCCCGCCUGGGCCUGCAACUCCUCAACAGACUCACCAGCUAGCGUACCCCGACCCGCGCGUGUCCCCUCAAAUUGCGCGUCCCACCCCUCCUAGUCAGGCCCUCGUGACGUCUCGCGGCGAACGUCCCGGGAAUAUGCUGGCUAACUGGAACCCCGAUGACUUGCCCGCUUCGCAGAAACGCGAGGGGGCCGAUUGGUAUGCGAUCUUCAACCCUGAAGUUCAGCGAGUGCUUGAUGUGGACCUCGUCCAUCACCUUGUCCAUGACAGCGUUGUCUGCUGCGUCCGUUUCAGUCGCGACGGCAAAUACCUCGCCACGGGCUGCAACCGAUCCGCUCAGAUCUUCGACGUGACCACCGGCCAGAUCGUCGCUACCCUGCAAGACGAGAGCGUAGACAAGGAUGGGGACCUUUAUAUUCGCAGCGUCUGCUUCAGUCCUGACGGCAAGUACCUCGCCACCGGAGCCGAAGACAAGCAAAUCAGAGUGUGGGACAUUGCGGCGCGUACUAUUAAACAUAUCUUCACCGGACACGAGCAAGACAUUUACUCGCUCGACUUUGCCGGCAAUGGUCGAUACAUUGCUUCAGGCAGCGGAGACAAGACCGUACGUCUCUGGGAUAUCCUCGACGGUAAACUCGUCUACACUCUCAGCAUCGAGGACGGCGUGACCACUGUAGCCAUGUCUCCCGACGGCCACUACGUUGCGGCCGGCUCCUUGGAUAAGAGUGUCCGUGUUUGGGACACCACCACUGGAUAUCUUGUGGAGCGUUUGGAGAGCCCUGACGGGCAUAAGGAUAGCGUUUACUCAGUCGCAUUUGCUCCCAAUGGUCGGGAUCUGGUCAGUGGCAGCCUUGACAAGACGAUCAAGCUCUGGGAACUAAGCGUCCCCCGGGCCGGCUAUACAAAUGCCGUGAAGGGCGGUAAAUGUGUGCGCACAUUUGAGGGCCACAAGGAUUUUGUUCUGAGCGUGUGUCUCACUCCCGAUGGGCACUGGGUUAUGAGCGGUUCCAAGGACCGGGGUGUUCAAUUCUGGGACCCCAUUACUGGUAAUGCACAGAUGAUGCUCCAGGGACACAAGAAUUCCGUCAUCUCGGUUGCCCCCAGCCCUACAGGCAACUUGUUCGCCACUGGCAGUGGCGACAUGCGGGCAAGAAUCUGGAGAUACUCCACUUAUACCGGACGGUAA